GCAAAUGCUACAGCGUAACCGUCCGGCUAUAGCAAUGGCAUUUCAUCCUAACCAACCGCAACCGCAUUUCUCCGACAACAACUCCCUAUUCCAACUGAUAUCUUCACCUGAUUUGAACAGAAAGGUCUCCGGCGCCGGUCAGGUGGAUAACAACACCGGCCACGCUGACGUACCUGCCGCCGGCGACGGUGGCGGAGCGGUUAUGAAUUGGCAAUUCGCGAGUCAAAAAGGCGAGGUACUGUCGCAUCCGCUGUACGAGCAGCUGUUAGCAGCUCACGUUGCUUGUUUGCGCAUCGCAACGCCGGUCGAUCAGCUGCCGAGAAUCGAUGCUCAGCUCGCGCAGUCGCAGCAGAUCGUUGCCAAGUAUUCAGGUCUCGGUAACUUUGAUCCUGAUGAUAAGGAGCUCGAUCAGUUUAUGACACAUUAUGUUCUGUUGCUUUGUUCUUUUAAAGAACAAUUACAACAACAUGUCCGAGUUCAUGCAAUGGAAGCAGUAAUGGCCUGCUGGGAGAUCGAGCAGUCCUUACAAAGCUUAACAGGAGUAUCACCUGGAGAAGGGACUGGGGCAACAAUGUCUGAUGACGAUGAAGAUCAAGUAGACAGUGAUGUCAAUUUGUUUGAUGGAAGUUUGGAUGGACAAGACAGCAUGGGAUUCGGCCCGCUUGUUCCAACCGAGAGCGAGAGAUCGUUGAUGGAGCGCGUAAGGCAAGAACUAAAGCAUGAUCUCAAACAGGGUUACAAAGAGAAGAUUGUGGACAUAAGAGAGGAGAUCUUACGCAAGAGGAGAGCGGGGAAACUGCCUGGUGAUACCACCUCUGUUCUAAAAGCUUGGUGGCAAUCACAUGCCAAAUGGCCAUAUCCUACUGAAGAAGACAAGGCGCGAUUGGUUGAGGAAACAGGGCUACAGUUGAAGCAGAUAAACAAUUGGUUUAUCAAUCAGAGGAAGCGCAACUGGCACAGCAAUCCUUCCUCUUCUACGGCUUUAAAGACCAAACGCAAAAGGUGUCACGAAUGAAUUAUGGCGCUGACAGGUGGUGUUGUGUUACUACAACGUUUUAUUCUGUCGUUUGAACGUGUGCGCUUAUAGGUGACAUACGAAGUGAUCGAGUUGCAGGUUAUUGUGUGAGCUCAGCUGUGAUCAGCCUUGGGAGCAUUACAAUGUGUAGUUACCUUGCUGUCGAUAUUUUCGUGUUUAUGUGGGCACGAAGUUAUAUUUUGGCGUUUUGUAGGCUUUGGUUGUGUUUCUGACCCGGCUGUUCACUUGGUUGUGACGAGCCUUGGAGGUCUACAACGUUUCUGUAACGCCCCGCGUUUUCAUACUUUCAAUAUUUAGAAACCAUCGUUUGUAAAACUAUUUUUGGAAACUUUGUAUUCUUAUAAUCGUUCUUUCCUUGUAAUCAUUGUAAAUCCGAGACUUGGAUCAUAAAUAAAAUUCGUAUUUCUUUAAAUUCACCAUCUA